AUGGAGAUCGCUAAAGGCAGUUCCAUCCUGAUUAUCAGUCUGGUGUUGGUCUCAAGUUUGAUCCAAGCCCAGGCCUAUUAUGCACUCUACUGUGGCCACAAAACCAGAUGCUCUGGAAAGUACAUCAGAUGCCCAUCCGAAUGCCCAACCAGCGAAUCCACUGAUCCUCAGGCUAAGGUCUGCUUCAUUGACUGUGACCAACCUGUUUGCAAGGCUGUCUGCAGAAAACGGAAACCCAACUGCAACGCACCAGGAUCUGGAUGCUACGAUCCUCGAUUCAUCGGCGGAGAUGGCAGGGUGUUCUACUUCCACGGAAAGAGCUUCGAACACUUCGCCUUGGUCUCGGACUCUGAUCUCCAGAUCAACGCCCGCUUCAUCGGACACAGACCAGCCGGUCGAAGCCGAGACUAUACUUGGAUCCAAGCCCUCGGCAUCCUGUCCAAGUCUCAGACUUUCUCUCUCGAAGCCAGCAAGACUGCACAGUGGAACGACGACGUCGACCAUCUCAGGUUCACCUACAAUGGCAAUGAUGUGGUCCUCCCAGAAGGCUCGCUCUCCAAAUGGAACUCUCCGAAACAAGACAUCAAGGUGGAGAGAGUGGCUAAUAAGAACAGCGUGAUGGUGACAAUCCAGGACGUGGCUGAAAUCAUGGUGAACGUGGUGCCGGUGACGAAGGAAGACGACAGGAUUCACAACUACCAAUUGCCUUCAGAUGACUGCUUCGCCCACUUGGAAGUUCAGUUCAGGUUCACCAAGUUGUCUUCUGAUGUUGACGGUGUGCUGGGAAAGACCUAUAGGCCGGAUUUUGAGAACCCUGCGAAGCCGGGAGUGGCUAUGCCGGUGGUGGGUGGCGAGGACAAGUAUAGAACUGCAUCAUUGCUUUCUGCAAGGUGUGAGUCAUGCCUUUUUAAGAAAAAAUAUGAAUAACGCCUUGAGAAAACAAUAAAGUCCAGAGCUGGGUAAACGUCAAAUAUUGCGAUCUCUUCUUACAAAAUAAUAUUCAAUGGUUGCUGUUUCUUUAC